GAGGUUUUGUAGGUGUGGGUUGAGUUGAGGUGUUGCAAAUUGCCAUCGAAAUCAAAUCGAAUUGAAGGAGUUGCGUUCGAGAGAGAGUUGAAUGGGUUCUUGGAAGAGUGGUUCGAUGGGUUUGGAGAGGAUGAGCGUGGAGCAGUUAAAGGCGGUGAAAGAACAGAGCGAUCUGGAAGUGAAUCUUCUGCAAGACAGUCUCAACAACAUUCGCAGCGCCACCACUCGCCUCGAGAUCGCUUCCUCCGCCCUCAACGACCUUGCCAUCCGCCCUCCUGCCAGCCAAAUCCUCGUCCCCCUCACCGCCUCCCUCUACGUCCCAGCCACUCUCCACGACUCCACCCACGUUUUGAUCGACGUCGGCACCGGAUACUUCAUCGAGAAAACUAUGGAUGAAGGAAAAGAUUACUGCGAGCGAAAAAUCAACCUGCUCAAAUCAAAUUUUGAACAACUUGUUGAGGUUGCAUCCAAAAAGAAAAACGUGGCAGAUGAAGCUGGAGUUAUUUUACAAGCUAAAAUGAAGCAAUUAGCGUCUUCAUCCUAAAAGAACUUGUAUAAUUCUCUUGCUUCUUCCAAUGCAGUGUACCAUAGAAAAUCAGCAGAGAUGUUAUAUGUUAUUUAAACCUUUUAUUUUGUUUGGAAGUGUUUAGAAAAUGGAGUCAAUCAAUGACAAUUAAAAUCUAAAGGGUGUUUAGGAAUUUAACAGUGGUGUUUCAAUUGCAUAAAUUCUAUUUGAGCAGGUUGUUGCAGUUCGUGUUCAUUGUUGGCCUUUAAACUGUGUUCACACAAGCUGUUCACUAUUGCACCAGUGUGGGGUAAAGAGAAGGGUUUCCUUGAGAAAUGUUGUGUUCUUCUGGGAAAAAGAGAUUGUUAAAGAUGAACAGAUUGUUUU